AUGCCGCAGAGGGCUAAUUUGGCUGCUUACAUCCUCCUCCUCGGGGCUGCCCACGCAGUGCCGGCCGCCGUUCCUCCCGCUGGCGUGUGGACAUGGAACGAUAGACCUAGUUCCCUGAAUCCACGAGGAGCUCAGUAUGACAUGCCGCUUGACUGGGAUCCGUUUGGCUUCGUUUCAAAGAUUGGUGUCGGAUCGCCCAGAUUCGAUUACAAAAUCUUCGUCGACUGGACUUGGCUCAGCCACAUCGUGACCACGCCGUUGUGCUAUGGCCGGUGGGAUCCGAGCCUCUGCCUCGAUCCCCAGCAAAUCUACUGGGAUCCUCGCAAUUCCACGUCGUUCAAGAACUUGACAAACGAGUAUGCAGACCGCUCAUGGAAGCCCAACCACUUUUUCAUGCAAGACCCCAUGAACAUUGAGUAUGGCUCAGAUUUGAUGCAUAUUGGGCCCGUUACCGGUGAAGCCGUGCAGCAGUUGACAGACCUCCAAUUCAACAUGUCCGCCAAGUAUGGGACCGCAUUUCCUUUCACGGGCAUCUUUGGCAUGUCGCCGGUCUUUCGUGGCGACGACGUUGACUAUCAGUCCGCCUACUAUCAGCAAUGGAAGAAUGGCCACUGGAGGACAGCACUGACCGGGUUUGUGUACUGCUAUGAAAAAUCCCGCAAGUCGGUUUGCAACGGGCACGAUGGGAUCCAGACCUUGGGCGGCAUCCGCCGCGAUCUGAUCAAGGACCAAAAGAUCUGGUGGUACAAUGUGAGGCCAUACCCCGAUAUGAACACGCUAGCCUUUGUGUAUAGCCCUCCCAUGUACAACUACUGGGGCGUCGAGCUUGAGGGCCUUAGGAUCGGUACAGAGGUCCAGAAGGUUGAGCCUACUUCGAACAGCUCUGGCAAGGGGGCCAUUUUUGACCACGCCAGUUACGGUCGCGGCAUCCCGUUGACGCCAAACGCCUACGCCAGGCUGGCCCAAAUCACCGGCGGAAAGCCCGUGGAUCUCAAGGAGCCCCCCAACAAUGGCCCCCAGAAGUUCUUCUCCGUCGACUGCUCCAAGCUCACGUCGUUCCCCAGCAUCAAGUACAAGUUCAGCGGCAGUAGCCGAGAAUGGGCUGUCACUCCCGAAAUGUAUGUCGAGAGGAUGAAGGACGGUUCUUGUGUGCUCAACGUGCGAGUUCUUGCCAGCGGUGAUAAGUUCAUUGGUACCUUUGGCGAGACAUUCGCCAAGGAUAAGUACAUCAUUCUCGACUUUGAGAAGAAUCGGGUUGGCAUUGCCGAUAUGGAAUGGCCAUCCCCUCGCGUCGACUCGUCGACCUAA